GGGGAGCCAACUACAUUCAUUCAUUCAAUUAAAUCAGUCCCAUAACCAACGACAACCAGCCGAUACAGCUCCAAUUGAGCUUCCUCGACCCUCGACCCUCGACGCCCGAGCCCAUACAUCUUGUCGAGUGCCGUCUCACGAAUCCUCCAACAUGGCCUCUGGAUUCGGCUUGCACGGAGGCCCCAGCCGAUGCUUUCCUUUCUGGCAGGAGGUCCUCGCCUGCUAUGUCGUCAAUACAUCGUCCGAAGAUGACACGGGCAAGAAAAAGUGUGCUCCUGUACUAGAGGACUAUUACGAGUGUCUACACCACAAGAAGGAGGCCGCGAGAAUCAAGCAACUACAAGCUGCGUAUAGAAAAGCCGAGGCUUCAUCAGCGAGGGAUAAUGCGCCGAGUGCCGGCCAAAUAAGGAAUCUGGGCUUGAUCGAUAAGGAGGAGGACACGAAACAGGUGUUAGGAGGCUGAUGAGCAUUCUGUCGAUCAGUGUAUACCACAUUUUGUCGAUCGAUACAUGUACAUAGUAGGUGGACCUCGGGUGGAAUCGAUGACCAUUCGUUCCACUGGCAAUAAACAGGUGCUUUGGUUUGGCACUAUUGCGUUACCUACUCAGACACAUUCUGCAGCUAUGGUUCCCUAUGAACUCAGAUAUGAGGUGGAUGAUAACAGUUAACUACUCAUUGAAGCACCCAAGUCGUUGUGUACAUCAUCAUCAUUAUCAUCAUAUGGCUCUCUCCACGUCCUCCUGAAGAUCCAAAUGAACAUACAAUCACUUGUUCGUUGAGAACAAAUUCAACCUGGUUGUUCACUGCAGUACGAUCAACUCCAAGCUUUGAUUGUGCUAAAUUAAAGCCAAAAUUCAUUUAUCGAGAGCAACCAUUUGCCUUUUCUAGCACUGAGUCUACUGCCGAAGGGUUCUCACAGAGCGAGAAACAGCCUCAGAUCAACCUUUUGAGACUAUAGUUGAGGACACUCAAGGCUAAUUCCAAGAAACAAACAUCAACUCAUUGAUAUGAGCCGAUUCAUUCAAUUGCUAGAACUUUAUGAUGCUGAAUGUCUCAAUAAAUGUCGACGGGGGAAGGAGACAGUGGCAAGAAGGAAGUGGUGAGGAAGAAGAGCGAAGAAUUUACUGCCUAAGCGAUUGCACUUUCUCGUCCUCGAGAAAAAGGCGAGAAUGCUACCUAGGUAGGUAGUAGGAUAGGAUAGAUAGGAU